AUGUUGCUAAGCUAUGUGUAUCAUUCCAUACAGCAAGAAAAAUUCGAGGCCCGCAGAAUCACGGCCGGUAGCCUUUGGGAUUACUUCACAGUUUCUCGCUGCGUCCGCGUCGUCAUCCAUUCUAUUUUGGUAGUCGGUCGUGUCAACAAACUCAGUUGUUUCGAGGAGGAGAAAAUUGCCCAAGUUGCAAGAGAAGUCCUCGACCAGAAUUGA